GUUGACAUUGUGGACAUCUAUGAGUCUAUCCGUGAAAGGCAGCGUCAUGACAGCGAAAGGUCUACCUGCAGCACCUUGGAGCAGAAUGACAUUGAAGCUGUUGAAGCGCUUGUUUGUAUGAGCUCCUGGGGUCAAAGAUCGCAGAAAGGUGACAUAUUAAAGAUAAGGCCACUGACGCCCUUCUCGGAUUCUGGUGAUUUCACAAUGCACACUGAGGCUACGUCUGAAUUACCAAAGGACUAUUUAUCUACACUGUGCAUGACCCCUCCGCACAGCCCUGACUUUGUUGAGAUAUCAGCUGCUGUGCUCCUCUCCUCACAAGUCACUUACUCCAAACCAAGGACUGUCAUGGCAAAUACAGCUGCCUGCUCAGUCACGUCCGUGAUUGGUGCCUCUCCCAUAACCAAGCCAUCUGCUAUCAACACAGAGCGACAGUGCAGUCAGAAGCCAGUGAUAUCUGAAUCCUUUGCCCCUCAGCCUUGCAGGGCCAUGGCAACAAGCGUGAUACGUCACACAGGUGAUAGUUCUGCUUACCAUCACAUUCCUGACAGCAUGUCCAGAGACUGGUGUGGAGCAGAUGACCGAAGACAUUCCAGACUGCCACAGGACACGUGUGCCAUGGAUGAUUUAAUUAACAAAACCUCUCCAGUACAUCAACCUUGUGCACAUGACUCCAGUGAUAUUGUGACCAAUAAAGGACAGCUACCAGUCCGGCCCGUUUCACCGCAGGCCCGUUUACCAAAGAAUUGCGAGACUGACUUGCAAAAAAGAGCUACCCCAGUGACACCUGCCCCUGUUUCAAGCCCCCAGGUUCUCUGUCAAAUGAUCCCUUUAAAUGGACAAAGCAGUAUGAUCAAUGCCUAUGUCAAGCCUUCAACCCCAACAGUCUCGACUCCCAUGAAACCUAUUUUACCACAGGCAGCCCCGCUCCCUCAGCCUGUACUCAUGGGGCCUUCUGUGCCUCAGGGGACCGUCAUGCUGGUUCUUCCACAGACUGCUGUAACACAGACACCACAGUGCCCGCAAACAGUGAUGACUGUUGGGAACACCAAGUUACUGCCCCUUGCUCCUGCUCCUGUGUUCAUCGCUUCCGGUCAAAGCUGCACCCCCCAGAUGGACUUUUCUAGACGGAGGAAUUAUGUUUGCAGUUUCCCUGGGUGCAAGAAAACCUAUUUCAAAAGUUCACACCUCAAAGCCCACCUUCGCACCCACACUGGAGAAAAGCCUUUCAGCUGCAACUGGGAAGGCUGUGACAAGAAGUUUGCCCGCUCAGAUGAACUGUCACGCCACCGUAGAACUCACACGGGAGAGAAGAAGUUUGCUUGUCCUGUGUGUGAGCGUCGCUUCAUGCGCAGCGAUCACUUGACAAAGCACACCCGCCGCCAUAUGACCACAAAGAAGAUCCCCAGCUGGCAGGCAGAGGUUGGCAAACUCAACAGAAUUGCCACAACAGAGAAACCGAAAAGCAGCAGUGCUCUGAGUAUGCUCAUCCCCGUGCCAUCGUCUGUCUGUCAGGGCUAGUGUGAGGAAGCACCUUCUCUACAAACUUUCUGAAGAUCAGGAAGAGCUCUGACGGCUACAACAAAACUGACAAUGGCUUUUCCAUGGCCCUGUUUGUGCAUACUUUAGUUUCCUUU